AUGUCUUCUCGAAACUCCAGUCAACUACCUGGGGUGGAUGACUCCCAGGUCGGAAUCUCUGACCUCGAGGGCCCUCAGUACCCUUGGUCCACACACAGUCACCAUGUGCCCAGAGAGCCAGACAACACAACGACGCUUGCUUCACAGUCUUCCCUGGUCCAUACUUCCAAUAUCUCGCCCUCUGCGGAUUACCUCACCAACGAUGAAGCCUCUCACGCCGACGAGCCUGUGCCCCUCUCCCUAAACGAACAGCAGAACAAUCUGGAGCCAACUACAGCUCAACAUACUUCUGCCCCUCCAGAGUUCACACCAUCUUGCAAGUUCUCAGGCCAAUGUUCGCUUGUUCCCAGCCCAGACGGAGUCAAGUACUACCGGAAAGUAGUCUCGCACAUCUUUGGCCGAAACAAAUCAUCGACGCAGAAGAUCCCAGACUCCGUCUGGAUCUACUACUGUCGAAAGCAUUAUCAGCGCUCACUCUACCGCGCUGAUAAAUGGCCAUUUACGCAGUGCGAGCUGCUACUCCAGACUCUGGCGAGAAUGGAAAGUUGGGGAGGGGUUCAAAGCUUCGAACUUCGUCUUCGUGCCCGGGAAGUGCGCCGUGUGGACGGUGAGACCCCGACGCCCGCCCCCAUUGGAAGUGGUCGCCGCCAUCCUCGAGCUGCUCCGGCACCUGUACCAGGCUGGCUACAGCAGGAGCUUGGCGACCAUAAGUCCUUUGACGAGAUCCGCCGGCUCGUCCAGAGAAUCCACGGAUAUCUACGUGGAGUUCAGCAAGCAGAACAGGUGCAGCGGAGCUCGAGGAACACAGCUUCCCAAACGCAGCGUGUCAACAAGGAAAGUCGUGUCACGGCCUAUCGUGAACGUUUUCAGUCUGCUGUUAGGUUUCCGGACGUUGAGUUAAUUCCGACCUUCUUUGUCGAGGAAUCGACUGAGAGCCAGGCCACGGAAACUCGAGACGUCAGCGAAGAAGCUGAGUAG